UCGAACGGGGAAAGACCGAGUGCCGAAAGCGGUGGAGGCAACAAACUUGGAACCGCCAUAUAUGUUUCUUAAACGGACCAACCAAGUGAACAUCGGCUAAUUUCGGAGCAGAAGCUCAUAGGAUUCAGAGUGUCUCAUCAAGGAAAGUAACCAGCGCUGCGACUCCUCAGCCAUUUUGACUAGACGCCCGAAGGCUAAUAUUUGCACGGCAGCUCUGCAAGUGUACGCGGAUUGCAAAGUGUUUGCAGAUCCGUGCCAAAGCGAGAUGAGUUCGUUAUUCGGGAAUUAAGAGGACAGAUUUUUUUUUCCAUCGGAGAAACUUAACCGUUUUGUCAAGAGAAAGAGAGCGAUCCAACGGCACAUGAUGGAGUGCUACCUGUUGGGGAUAUACCUGUUUCUCGCGCUCGCUAUUAUGCAAAGGUCGAGCUGCACGAUAGCUAAGGAGCUAACGUGCCAGGAGAUCUCUGUACCCCUGUGCAAGGGAAUCGGCUACAACUACACCUACAUGCCGAACCAGUUCAAUCAUGACACGCAGGACGAAGCUGGCCUGGAGGUGCACCAGUUCUGGCCUCUUGUGGAAAUCCAGUGCUCCCCGGACCUUAAGUUCUUUCUCUGUAGUAUGUAUACUCCUAUUUGCUUGGAGGACUACAAGAAACCCCUGCCGCCCUGCCGAAGCGUGUGCGAGAGAGCGAGAGCGGGAUGUGCGCCUCUGAUGAGACAGUACGGUUUCCCUUGGCCAGACAGGAUGAGAUGUGACCUGUUACCAGUGCAAGGAAACCCAGACACGCUUUGCAUGGACUACAACAGAACCGAUUUAACUACCGUUUCGCCGGUCUUGUCGAAGCCGACUAAUUUUCCGGCUAAACCGUUUAGUCCGCAUAAAAACAAGAAUGGACACAGACCUGGCGGCAGACUCAAACCUCCGAUGUCCGCCUGCGAACCCGGGUGCCACUGUCGUGCACCCAUGGUACAGAUAAACAGUGACCGCCACCCACUUUACAACCGACUGAAGACAGGACAGAUUCCCAAUUGCGCCAUGCCAUGCCACAACCCGUAUUUUACCCAGAACGAAAGGACGUUUACAGCAUUCUGGAUAGGACUAUGGUCUGUGCUGUGCUUCGUUUCCACUUUUGCGACUGUUGCAACUUUCCUAAUCGACAUGGAGAGAUUCAAGUAUCCCGAGAGACCAAUUAUCUUCCUCUCCGCUUGUUACAUGUUCGUUUCGGUGGGUUACAUCGUGCGAUUGAUUGCUGGGCACGAAAAAGUAGCCUGUAGCAGAGAAUAUGACGUGGAGCACAUUCAUUACGAGACAACUGGCCCGGCACUCUGUACGGUUGUGUUUCUGUUGAUUUAUUUUUUCGGCAUGGCCAGCUCUAUCUGGUGGGUGAUCCUGUCUCUGACUUGGUUCCUGGCUGCCGGAAUGAAGUGGGGAAACGAGGCCAUCGCGAGUUACUCGCAGUAUUUUCACCUUGCUGCCUGGCUGAUCCCCAGUAUGAAGUCCAUUGCUGUUUUGGCCCUGAGCUCAGUCGAUGGUGACUCUGUUGCCGGAAUCUGCUAUGUUGGUAAUCAGAACUUGGACAAUCUGAGAGGCUUCGUGCUGGCCCCUUUGGUUAUAUAUUUGUUUAUUGGCACGAUGUUCCUUUUAGCAGGUUUUGUGUCGUUAUUCCGGAUCCGGAGCGUUAUCAAGCAAGGGGGUACAAAAACUGACAAGUUGGAGAAACUGAUGAUCAGAAUUGGGAUUUUCACCGUCCUUUAUACUGUACCUGCGACCAUUAUAGUUGCCUGCUAUUUUUACGAGCAGCACAACAGACAGAACUGGGAAAUAACUCACAACUGCUCCUGUUUGUUGGAGCAAGAAGCGCAAAAGCCGGACUACGCCGUCUUCAUGUUGAAGUACUUUAUGUGCCUUCUCGUGGGCAUCACGUCGGGGGUGUGGAUUUGGUCGGGGAAGACGCUGGAGUCCUGGCGAACUUUCUGCACGCGGUGCUGCUGGGGCAGCAAAGGCACCAACGGGUCAAUGUACAGCGACGUUAGCACGGGACUAACGUGGCGGUCGGGCACCGCGAGCUCGGUCUCUUACCCUAAACAGAUGCCAUUAUCACGGGUUUGAGUAGGAGAAUGGACAGUUCGCAGCGUCGCGAUUGUCUUUCUGUGUCGUCACAUUUGCAUGUUAAUGACCCCCUAAUGGUUCCUAUUAGGCAGAAGUGUUGAAGCCGGUGGAGAACAGUGUACCGUAAACACUGCUAAGCCCUCGCUUUAUAUAUGCACAUGGCUUGCAGGACGAUUUCGAAAGAAGGGAAAAAGUCCCCUUUUCACAUUUCAAGCAAGGAUGCAUUACACCUGGAAAUUAGCUGAGAACUAGUUUUCGGAGUAAGCAUAGUGCCAGGGAGGUAAAAUUUGACUGCAUUCAUUGUAUCAAAGAGGAAUUGAAAUAAGCCUUAAUG